CCCCCCGCCAUGUCCAUGCUCGCCGCUCGCCGCGCUGCACUGCGUGCAGUGCCCCGCACCCGUAACUUCGCCGCCGCCGCUGGCAAGUCCACCUACCGCCAGGAGAUGGAGGCUACCGUCCACCACGCCGAGGAGACGACCGAGCUCUGGCGCAAGAUCAGCUUCUAUGUCUGCAUUCCCGCCAUCGCCGUCUGCGCCCUCUGGGUCCGCAACGUUGAGGCCGAGCACGGCGCCCACCAGGCGCAUCUCCUUGAGGAGAACGGCGGCAAGCUCCCCGAGCCUCCCGCGUACGAGUACCUGAACAGGCGUCACGGCGGUCCCUUCCCCUGGGGCGCGAACACCCUGUUCUUCAACCCCAAGGUCAACAAGGACAUGAGCAAGGUAGAUGAGUAGAUUAGUCGCAUUGUCAAUCUAUUCGUUUGAGGUAUUACCCAAGAUAAUAUCGUGUCACACUGCG